AUGUUGGAACUAGCUGAGUGGGUGUUCCUGGUCCUGAUUGUCGCACAGUUUAUUCUUGGAAAUCUGGGGAAUGGUUUCAUUGAGUUGGUCAAUGGCAGCAGCUGGUUCAAGAGCAAGAGAAUCUCUUUGUCUGACUUUGUCAUCACCAUCCUGGCCCUCUCCAGGAUCAUUUUGUUAUGGAUUAUCUUCAUUGAUGGUGUUUUAAUAGUUUUCUUUUUCCACUUGCAUGUUUCGGGGACACUAAUGCGAAUUAUUGAUAUUUUCUGGACAUUUGUAAACAACCUGAACAUUUGGUUUAUCACUUGCCUUGGUGUCCUCUAUUGCUUGAAAAUUGCCAACUACUCCCACCCCAUAUUUCUCUGGCUAAAGUGGAGAGUUUCCAAGGUGGUUGUAUGGAUGCUAUUGAGUGCACUGCUCUUAUCCUGUGUCCGUACCAUGUCUCUGAUCAAUGAAUUUAAGCUCUAUUUUUCCUUCAGUGGAAUUGACAGCAAAGGAAACAUGACUGAAUACUUCAGGGAGAAGAGACAUGAAUAUGAUCUGAUGCAUGUUCUUGGGACUCUGUGGAAUCUCCCUCCCUUAGUUGUGUGUCUGAUCUCCUACUUUCUACUCCUCUUCUCUUUAGGGAAGCACAUGCGACAGAUGGAGCAAAAUGGCAUCAAUUCCAGAGAUAGAGGCACUGAGACUCACAAGAGGGCCAUCAGAAUCAUCCUCUCCUUCCUCUUAUUCUUCCUAUUUUACUUUAUUUCCUUUUUAAUUUUUUCAUUCAGUCGUUUUGUACCCCAACGUAAGAUGUCUGUGAUGAUUGGUGAGGUAAUUACAAUGUUGAAUCCUGCUGCCCACUCAUUUAUUCUAAUUCUGGGCAACAAAAAGCUGAAACAGUCAUUUUUGGCAAUGUUGCCGUGUAAGUCUGGUCAUCUGCAUCCUGGAUCUACAGAAUCCUUUUCCCCAUAGACUAGCAGAGGACAUGGGAUGGAGCCCUGGAGUCCUGGCCUGGCUCAAGACUAAGGGCUCUUGCUGCUCCUCCCAUGGCACCAGUUCUGUCCCAUCAAUAGCAGAGAGACAUUGCCCUCUUCACCCUUGGUCCUACCUAGUUGUAGGCAAAAGUAC